GUCAAAUGUCAGUUCAGUCAUAAGUUUGCUAUCAAUGGAGUGAGAUCGAAAUCAAUUGAAAUGUUAAUCGUUUGUAUUUUACCGGUAAAUACUUGACUUUGAACUAUUUCUGAACCAUCACAAGUGGCCACUGGACAAUCGUAUCAAUAGAAAAGAGCUAAUGUCACUAAUUGUGUGUUUUCAGCAAAUUGAACUAAUGCAAAACAACAAAAAGAAUGCUCUAAUGAAUCGUGACAUUGUUUUCGACAAUUUGUACGAUUGAUGGAACGAUGGCAAAGUCAACGUCCGCUGUUUUGGAAGAAUUACGGUCAUUACGAUCGCGACUUUUUGAAAUUGAUACAGACGAUGAUAGCGAAAAAGAGCAAUUGAAAGAUAUUCUUGAUGAAUAUCGGGACGCUGAAAAAUAUUCGGACAGUCAAUUCGAUGCCUUUGCUGAAGAAUAUCUGAUUACUCGAUUUGAUAUUGCCAAUUUAAAUGAUGAAAUUCGUCCAAAAGUAGAACGCCUUCUAAUCGACGAUGAGCUGUCAUCCAUUCGUAAUGCGGACAUCACAUACUGGGAUCGUGAUCGAUUGAUGUUUUGCCUAAUGUUCGAUAAUGAAGAGAUCUUCACCAAAGCCAUAAAAUUGUUAGCCGAAAAAAACUCCGACGAAUUGACAAAAUUAGAUGGCGAACUAAGCGAUUCGGAUGAAAGUGUUGACGGUACUGAUGUCCAAUCAUUGGAGACAUGGCGUGACAUUUCAUUGGUUAAAAUAACUGUACUGCGUGGCUUGAGUCUGGCACUUGAUAUAUUGGGAUCAUUAAACGACAGCAUGAAUCUGUCGGCGAUUAAAUUAAUAUACGAAUUUGGUCAUUGGAAGUCAUUGCGAUCAUUAUUGGACACACGAGGUAAAAUGAUGUGGAAAUCGGUGAAAUUGGGUGAUUUCACGACAUUUUUAAUGCGAGCCCAUACCUACGACAAAGAUUUUCGUGAAACAGAAGAUGGACAGGUUGACUAUGGUAAAUGUGUUGACAUUCUCUUCAAGCAUGCCGACUACGAAGUCAAUGAACAAAAUGAUGAACACUACUCUGCCCUUCAUUUAGCAGUGAUGUACAAUAAAUCGAAAAUGAUUUUUCAUUUGUUGAAAAACGGUGCCUAUAUUGGAAUGCAAGAUAAAAACGAUCGACCGGCUAUAUGGAAUAUUCAAGGAAAAAUAUUGGAAAAAUAUUUCGAUCAAUGUAUCGAGGGCGACGAUUUGAUUGUGUUCAAUUUCCAAAAUUUGAUUGCACCAUCCGAAGAGUACCCAAACGACAUGACCGCGAUUGAAUUCAUUUCAAAUUCAAAUGAUCUCAAAUAUUUGCUUGAACAUCCUCUGGUUGCGAGCUUCCUGUUCCUCAAAUGGAAUCGAUUGGCAUUGAUUUUCUACAUGGAUUUCAUGUGUUACUUUCUAUUGUCAAUCACCACCGGAUGCCUGUCCAUGUACUACUUGGCCGAUCCAGAGAGUUAUCUGAUCGAAAUGUGCAUGAUGAUCAUUUUAUUCAGCGUUUAUGUUGCAUCGCGACGUACAAUACAAGUGAUUCACUGUUCGUCCAGUUACCUCAGAAGUUGGGAGAACUACUUGAAUUCGCUGUUGACAUUUUUAAUUGUGGUAUUUUUGGUGUGUUUUGUCAUUUCUGUGCCUUGGAAUUUUCACAGUCCAACAUGCGCCGCCAUUUGCAUUUUAUUAAUAACGUAUGAGUUUUUUAUGAUGGCCGGCAGUUUUUGGCAUUUUUCAAUUUACUCCGAAAUGUUCAUCGUGGUUGCCAUGAAUGCCAUCAAAAGUUUACAAUUGUAUGCGAUAUUUUUACCGGCAUUUUCACUACUUUUCUAUAUUUUGCUGCGUGAUUCAUCGGCCAAAGACGGAGAUGGACCAAAUUUGAAUAAAUUUCCCACACUUGGCGCAUCGAUUGUGAAAACGAUUGUGAUGUCAGUCGGAGAGUUUGAUGUUAUCAACGUGAAUUUCGACAUGAACACCAUCAGCAUUUAUAUUUUCAUCGGGUUUCUAUUUUUGAUUUCAACCGUUUUUAUGAAUUUGUUAAACGGCCUUGCCGUUAGUGAUACACAAAAAAUUCAGUCCAAAGCACGAUUGACGAGUUUUCGGAAAAGGAGUCAAGUCCUGGCACGGUAUGAAGAAAUUUUGACACAUCAAAACCAUUGGUUUCGUGAUAAGUACCCGAAGAUGUGGAAGAUACUGCGAUUCUUCACUCACAUCAACACUUUUGUGUAUCGUGACAAACGAAUUUAUAUCGAAUUGGACGACUUAAAUACAGUUUAUGCGGUGAAAGUGACAUCAAAUAUUAUUUGCUUGAGAGUUCCGCUACGAAAUUGGACACGAUUGCGACCCGCAAGAAUGAGCUCGAAAAUCAUUCAGAAUGCACUGGAAAUUCGGGAAAGAUAUGAACUGGAAAAGCAUCGAAAUCGCAAAGAAUUUGGCGAAAAUGUACAAGAGAGCAUAAUGAAUCGCAUCACAGAAAUUGAAAAUACACUGAAAACAAUGAACGAAACGUUACGCACAAUUACCGAGAAAUUGAUUGAUAAAUGAAAAGAACGAUGAUUCUAUUAUUUAUUUACCGUUGUACUAGUAUAAGAAUUAAUUAUUUAAAUUUUUUAGAAUUAAUUAAUAUGUACAUUAAUUGACGACUUUAAAAUGAAGUCAUAUUUUUGCAUUGAAA